AUGGAUGAAGAAUUUUUGGCUUUACUCAUAUAUGUUGAUGAUGUGAUAGUUACAGGCACUUCCAUAACUGCUAUUACUUCUGUCAAAAAGGCACUUCAUGAUAAGUUCACAAUUAAAGAUCUUGGUCCCCUUAAGUAUUUCCCUGGUCUUGAAGUGGCGCGUUCAGAUUCGGGCAUUAUUGUCAGUCAAAGAAAAUUUAUUUUGGAUCUAAUUCAAGACACUGGUUUGUCUAAUGCCAAAGCUGUUACUAGUCCUUUGCCUAUUGCCUUGCAUCUUUCUCCUGACACAGGGGAUCUUUUGCCUAAUCCGAAUCAGUAUAGAAGAUUGGUGGGACGCCUAUUGUAUGUUAAUCUUACCAGGCCAGAUAUCAGCUAUGCGGUUCAACACCUUAGUCAGUUUAUGUCUGCUCCUCGAAUGCCUCAUUGGAUAGCAGCUCUUCAUGUUGUCAAAUACCUAAAGUCUUGUCCCUCUAAAGGUUUAUUUUUUCCUGUCUCUAACGAUAUUCAAUUGUCCGCUUUUUGUGAUACGGAUUGGGCUUCCAGCACAUUUAGUAGAAAGUCAUUAACUGGCUAUUGUGUAUUCUUUUGGGGUGCCUUUAUUUAUUGGAAAACUAAGAAGCAGGCCACUGUUUCCAAAUCAUCUGCUGAGGCGGAGUAUCGUGCCAUGGCUGCUACUGUGUGUGAGCUCUUGUGGAUCACUUAUGUGCUUCGUGAUCUUCAAGUUUCUGUUAUGCUUCCCAUCCCUCUCUACUGUGACAAUAAGGCAGCAUUACACAUUGCUAGUAAUCCAGUCUUCCAUGAGCGCACCAAGCAUUUGGAGAUAGAUUGCCAUAACGAGAUCAAUUACAAAAGGGCUUUGUGA